AUGGUGGGGCAUAACACUGAGCAAUGCAGGAGAAACAGAACUAAAAAAGUGUGGGUGCCUAUUAACAAGCAGGAUGGAAAAAGAUCUCAGACCAACUCAGAGCAUCCUGAUAUAGUAAAUGAUUCCUCAAUGCAAAAUGAGACUAGAGGAGAAAAAUCUAAGAGUGAUUCUGCAACUCCUGUAGCAAAACAUGCACAGACUAAUGAGACUGGAGGAGAAAAGAGUUCUGCUAAUGCACAGACUGAUACUCAAACUCUCAGAGGCAGAAACAUAUCAGCAAAUCUUGUAAAUGAGAUAUCAAAUCAGGGAAUGAAAGAUAUUGGUAGUUACUCUGGGAAUACUACAAAACAUGCACAACAUGGGGGGACUAGAAAUCAGGUAUUCAGAUUUUCAUCUCCUCAGGUAUUUCCAGAAAUAUAUGGCGACAAUGAUACACAUCUAAUGGCGUAUUGGACGAGGGAUGGAUUUCAAAGUACCGGAUGCUACAAUCUCCUCUGCAAAGGAUUUGUACCUUAUAAACCAUCAGCAUACGUCUUAGGGACAAAAAUUAGACCACUAUCCACUUAUGAUGGAGAUCAAUAUGAUAUUACGUUAAGAAUAUUCAAGGAUACUACAACUGGGGACUGGGUGCUGCACGCUGGGCGCCAGGGAGACAAACGUGUAGGCCAUUGGCCAAAAUCUCUGUUUACUAAUUUAGCAGAGGCUGCUACUCAUGUCCAAUUUGGCGGCUUCGUCUCUUAUCAUCCCGGCGACAGGACUCCUCCGAUGGGAAGUGGCCAUUCUCCUGAUGACGGCGGGGGCAAAGCAGCUUAUCUUAAAAAUCUGUUCGUAAUUUCACCAACCGGCGAAUUUAGCGAUCCAUCACCAGUAAUACUCGAAAAUCAUCAAGAUUGUUAUCAUGUGGGUGGAAACUAUUUGUCAUCUUAUCCAGUUUAUAUUAGUGGUCCUGGUGGUUGUACUUUUACUUGA